AUGUGGGAACUUUGCAUGGCCUGCGGACAAAACUGGUCCUCAGAGACAGAGAAACACGGACGCGUGGCAAUCGUCCUCCACGGAUCUGUAAGUUACCAUCCACACCUUGACCAUGUGCGCGUAGAAAUUGCUACAAGUCGAGGUGACAAGGUUUUCUAUCACCAGUUUGUGAUCGAUAAGGACCUCGGAUUGCUCACCGAUAACGGCAACUUACGUUCGAGGCUAUUCAAGUUAUAUCUUCAUGCGCUGACAUCUCCCUGCCUUCCUGAUCCCCUUAUAUUCCGCACCGGAUCCGAAGAGGCCCUUCAUGGUCUCAGACUUGCCGCCGGCACGAAAUCGUUUCUGGACAUGGAGCAGAGCAGUUUACACCGACCCACGAUGUUGUUUACGACGAAGCGAGAGAUUCUAUCCCCAACAGUCCUCGGGAGUUUGGUGCCUGCCACAUUGCAACAUUGCAAGGGUGGCAGUGGGCAGAUUCACAUGGUCAUUGUGGAUCAUUGA